AUGCAUGCUUGUGGUGGCGAGGACAAGCCGAGGAAAGGAAACAAGGAGCCGAGGGAAGGGAUGGGGGAAAGGCGUGAUCCGGUCGGGAGAGUUUUAUUGGAUGCCAAAGCAGCAGACGCCCGCAGGGUCCUCUCCUCCAUGAGCAGCCAACAUCAUGCAGCGGAAAGAAGGGCUGAAGGAUGGGAGGGGUGUUUGGGUGCGUGUCCUGACCUCUCAGACAGACAGCGCAACAGCAGCUGA